AUGUUGACAUCCUGUACUUUGCAGUGGCAAGUAUCGCGCGGUGCAAAUACAUUUACAUCUCUUCAAGCUUUUCGAUCAGAUUUAUCCGCCCACGGUAACGCUAUGAAGCCAACAUUGAGCGACUCCGGUGCCCGCGGCACCCUUGAGUACCGCGGAUUCUUCCGCGACGAGAAUGGCAAAACCAUAUCGCCGUGGCAUUCAAUCCCGUACAAGUGCCCAUCCAGCGGCCUGUACAACAUGGUAGUCGAGAUUCCGAGGCACACGACUGCCAAGAUGGAAAUCGCUACAAACCUGGAGAACAACCCUAUCAAGCAGGACGUGCUAAAAUGCGGCAACCUGCGUUUCCUGGACUGCCCAUACUACUGGAACUACGGCGCCAUUCCGCAGACGUGGGAAGCUCCCAUCCCCUACGGAACCGACGACCCACACAUGAAGGAACUCGCUUUGGUCGGCGACAACGACCCCGUUGAUGCCAUCGACGUCAGCCAGACAACGAUGCCAUUUGGUUCCGUCGUGCAGGUCAAGGUCGUUGGUGCGCUCGCGUUGGUAGACGAGGGCGAAAUCGACUGGAAAAUGUUCGUCGUCCGCAGUGACGACCCUCACUUCGACGACAUCAAGGACCUGGAUGACAUCGACCGGAUCUACCCAGGCACAACAACAGGUGUAAUGGAGUUCUUCAGAUGGUACAAGACUCCUAAGGGCAAGCCCAUCAACAAGUUUUUGGCCGGUAAGACCUUUGUCGGCCGCGACGAGGCCGUGAAGAUUCUGGAGGAGAUGCACGACUCGUACAAGAAGCUCCUUAGCGGCGAGCUUAGUGCCGGCAGUCUGUGGGUGCCAAAGGCUUAG